AAACAGCUCCCGGCCAGAACGGCGCUCGGCGCGGCUCGGCGUGGCCAGGAGAGGCCCGGAGCGGCAGCGGCAUCGGCCCCCGCGGCGGCGGCAGCGGCGGCUCUCCCUCCCCUCUUCGCCGCCAGGAGUUGCUGGAUCUUCUUGAAAGAAAAAAGCCGACCAGGGACCUCGGGGAGUAUCCAUAAAGAGGGGUGCAGAGACGUCCUCGUCCUGCUGGCCCGGGAGAGCCCCUUCCUCCCGCGUCUUGGGUGUCCAUUGCUCCCCCUCUCCCCUCCUUUCGCUCCGUCUCUCUCGAUUUCUCUUUUCAAAUGGUGUAGCCGCCAGAGGUGCGGGGCUCAAUUCUUGGAAGGGGCCCGGAUGUACGGAGGAUGCAUUACAAUUUCACUCAAGGAGGCAGUAGUGGAAAGGAUCAAUUUUUGGUGUUUGAUGCAAUAAUGGGAAUCAGGUAAUCAUCAGAAGGGAAGAAGAAACACUGCAGAUCCACAGCUGCCUUGAAUUUUGCACGAGAGCCGCCGACCUCGGAGGAGGGAUUCGUCCAGACCGGCUUGGGGGUGUUUUUUUGUUUGUUUGUUUUUUAAUUUCGCCCUCUUUUUGGCUUCUCCUCCUUGUAAACAAUUUUUGGUCAAUGGUCAAUGAAAACACGAGGAUGUACAUUCCAGAAGAAAACCACCAAGGUUCCAACUAUGGGAGCCCGCGCCCAGCCCACGCCAACAUGAACGCCAACGCGGCCGCAGGGCUCGCCCCCGAGCACAUCCCCACCCCGGGGGCCGCCCUGUCCUGGCAGGCGGCCAUCGAUGCGGCCCGGCAGGCCAAGCUGAUGGGCAGCGUGGGCAACGCCACCAUCUCCACAGUCAGCUCCACGCAGCGCAAGCGUCAGCAGUAUGGGAAGCCCAAGAAGCAGAGCAGCACAGCCGCCACUCGCCCACCCCGCGCCCUGCUCUGCCUGACGCUGAAGAACCCCAUCCGGAGGGCGUGCAUCAGCAUUGUCGAAUGGAAGCCAUUUGAAAUCAUUAUUUUACUGACUAUUUUUGCCAAUUGUGUGGCCUUAGCGAUCUAUAUUCCUUUUCCCGAGGACGAUUCCAACGCCACCAACUCCAACUUGGAACGAGUGGAAUAUCUCUUUCUCAUUAUUUUUACUGUGGAAGCAUUUUUAAAAGUAAUAGCCUAUGGACUUCUUUUUCACCCCAAUGCUUACCUCCGCAACGGUUGGAAUUUACUAGAUUUUAUAAUUGUGGUUGUAGGGCUUUUUAGUGCAAUUUUAGAACAAGCAACCAAAGCAGACGGGGCCAACGCCCUCGGAGGGAAAGGGGCUGGCUUUGACGUGAAGGCGCUGAGGGCUUUCCGAGUGCUGCGUCCCCUGCGGCUGGUGUCCGGGGUCCCCAGUCUCCAGGUGGUCCUGAACUCCAUCAUCAAGGCCAUGGUCCCCCUGCUGCACAUUGCCCUGCUCGUGCUGUUUGUCAUCAUCAUCUACGCCAUCAUCGGCCUGGAGCUCUUCAUGGGGAAGAUGCACAAGACCUGCUACAACCAGGAGGGCAUAGCUGAUGUUCCAGCAGAAGAUGACCCCUCUCCCUGCGCUCUGGAGACGGGCCACGGGCGGCAGUGCCAGAACGGCACCGUGUGCAAGCCCGGGUGGGACGGGCCCAAGCAUGGCAUCACCAACUUUGACAAUUUUGCCUUCGCCAUGUUGACGGUGUUCCAGUGCAUCACCAUGGAGGGCUGGACGGACGUGCUGUACUGGGUCAAUGAUGCCGUAGGAAGGGACUGGCCCUGGAUCUAUUUUGUUACACUAAUCAUCAUAGGGUCAUUUUUUGUACUUAACUUGGUUCUCGGUGUACUUAGCGGAGAGUUUUCCAAAGAGAGGGAGAAAGCCAAGGCGCGGGGCGAUUUCCAGAAGCUGCGGGAGAAGCAGCAGCUGGAGGAGGACCUCAAAGGCUACCUGGACUGGAUCACUCAGGCGGAAGACAUCGACCCCGAGAACGAGGAUGAGGGCCUGGACGAGGAGAAACCCCGAAACAUGAGCGUGCCUACAAGUGAGACCGAGUCUGUCAACACCGAGAACGUGGCUGGAGGUGAAAUCGAGGGAGAAAACUGCGGGACCAGGCUGGCCCACCGGAUCUCCAAGUCCAAGUUCAGCCGCUACUGGCGCCGGUGGAACCGGUUCUGCAGGAGAAAGUGCCGCGCCGCCGUCAAGUCCAACAUCUUCUACUGGCUCGUGAUAUUCCUGGUUUUCCUCAAUACGCUCACCAUUGCCUCGGAGCAUUACAACCAGCCGCACUGGCUCACGGAGGUCCAAGAUACGGCCAAUAAGGCGUUGCUGGCCCUGUUCACGGCGGAGAUGCUCCUGAAGAUGUACAGCCUGGGCCUGCAGGCCUACUUCGUGUCCCUCUUCAACCGCUUCGACUGCUUCAUCGUGUGCGGGGGCAUCCUGGAGACCAUCCUGGUGGAGACCAAGGUCAUGUCGCCCUUGGGCAUCUCCGUGCUGAGAUGUGUCCGGCUGCUGCGGAUAUUCAAAAUCACAAGGUACUGGAACUCCUUAAGCAACCUGGUGGCGUCCCUGCUGAACUCGGUGCGCUCCAUCGCCUCCCUGCUGCUGCUGCUUUUCCUCUUCAUCAUCAUCUUCUCCCUCCUGGGGAUGCAGCUCUUUGGAGGGAAGUUCAACUUUGACGAGAUGCAGACUCGGAGGAGCACCUUUGACAACUUCCCCCAGUCUCUCCUCACCGUGUUUCAGAUCCUGACCGGGGAGGACUGGAAUUCGGUGAUGUAUGAUGGGAUCAUGGCUUAUGGCGGCCCCUCUUUUCCAGGGAUGUUAGUCUGUAUUUACUUCAUCAUCCUCUUCAUCUGUGGAAAUUAUAUCCUACUGAAUGUGUUCUUGGCCAUUGCUGUGGACAACUUGGCUGAUGCUGAGAGCCUCACAUCUGCCCAGAAGGAGGAGGAAGAAGAGAAGGAGAGGAAGAAGCUAGCCAGGACUGCCAGCCCAGAGAAGAAACGAGAGGUGGUGGAGAAGCCAGCAGUGGAGGAGACCAAAGAGGAGAAAAUUGAGCUGAAAUCCAUUACAGCUGAUGGAGAGUCCCCGCCCACCACCAAGAUCAACAUGGAUGACCUCCAUCCCAAUGAAAAUGAGGAUAAGAGCUCCUACCCCAACCCAGAAACCACAGGAGAAGAGGAGGAGGAGGAGCCUGAGAUGCCCGUGGGCCCCCGGCCACGACCUCUCUCGGAACUGCACCUUAAGGAGAAGGCCGUGCCCAUGCCAGAAGCCAGUGCAUUUUUCAUCUUCAGCUCCACCAACAGGUUCCGCCUCCAGUGCCACCGCAUCGUCAACGACACCAUCUUCACCAACCUGAUCCUUUUCUUCAUCCUGCUCAGCAGCAUUUCCCUGGCUGCCGAGGACCCCGUGCAGCACACCUCCUUCAGGAACCAUAUUCUGUUUUAUUUUGAUAUUGUUUUUACUACCAUUUUCACCAUUGAAAUUGCCCUGAAGAUCCUAGGCAAUGCAGACUAUGUCUUCACUAGUAUCUUUACGUUAGAAAUUAUCCUUAAGAUGACUGCUUAUGGGGCUUUCCUCCACAAGGGCUCUUUCUGCCGGAACUACUUCAACAUCUUGGACCUGCUGGUGGUCAGCGUGUCCCUCAUCUCCUUUGGCAUCCAGUCCAGUGCCAUCAAUGUUGUAAAGAUCUUGCGAGUUCUACGUGUACUUAGGCCCCUGCGGGCCAUCAACAGGGCCAAGGGGCUAAAGCACGUGGUUCAGUGCGUGUUUGUUGCCAUCCGGACCAUCGGGAACAUCGUGAUAGUCACCACACUGCUGCAGUUCAUGUUUGCCUGCAUUGGGGUCCAGCUCUUCAAGGGAAAGCUCUACACCUGUUCAGAUAGUUCCAAGCAGACCGAGGCAGAAUGCAAGGGUAACUAUAUCACAUACAAGGACGGAGAGGUUGACCACCCCAUCAUCCAGCCCCGCAGCUGGGAGAACAGCAAGUUUGACUUUGACAAUGUGCUGGCCGCCAUGAUGGCCCUCUUCACCGUCUCCACCUUUGAGGGGUGGCCAGAGCUGCUGUACCGCUCCAUCGACUCCCACACAGAAGACAAGGGCCCCAUCUACAACUACCGCGUGGAGAUCUCGAUCUUUUUCAUCAUCUACAUCAUCAUCAUUGCCUUCUUCAUGAUGAACAUCUUCGUGGGUUUCGUCAUCGUCACCUUCCAGGAGCAGGGAGAGCAGGAGUACAAGAACUGUGAGCUGGACAAGAACCAGCGACAGUGUGUGGAGUACGCCCUGAAGGCCCGGCCCCUGCGGAGGUACAUCCCCAAGAACCAGCACCAGUACAAAGUGUGGUACGUGGUGAACUCCACCUACUUCGAGUACCUGAUGUUCGUCCUCAUCCUGCUCAACACCAUCUGCCUGGCCAUGCAGCACUAUGGUCAGAGCUGCCUGUUCAAAAUCGCCAUGAACAUACUCAACAUGCUGUUCACCGGCCUCUUCACCGUGGAGAUGAUCCUGAAGCUCAUUGCCUUCAAACCCAAGCACUAUUUCUGUGAUGCAUGGAAUACAUUUGACGCCUUGAUUGUUGUGGGUAGCAUUGUUGAUAUAGCAAUCACCGAGGUAAACCCAGCUGAACAUACUCAAUGCUCUCCCUCUAUGAACGCAGAGGAGAACUCCCGCAUCUCCAUCACCUUCUUCCGCCUCUUCCGGGUCAUGCGCCUGGUCAAGCUGCUGAGCCGUGGGGAGGGCAUCCGCACGCUGCUGUGGACCUUCAUCAAGUCGUUCCAGGCCCUGCCCUACGUGGCUCUUCUCAUAGUCAUGCUGUUCUUCAUCUAUGCUGUGAUCGGGAUGCAGGUGUUUGGGAAAAUCGCCCUGAAUGACACCACAGAGAUCAACCGGAACAACAACUUUCAGACCUUUCCCCAAGCCGUGCUGCUCCUCUUCAGGUGUGCCACGGGAGAGGCCUGGCAAGACAUCAUGCUGGCCUGCAUGCCCGGCAAGAAGUGUGCCCCAGAGUCAGAGCCCAGCAACAGCAUGGACGGGGAAACGUUCUGCGGCAGCAGCUUCGCCGUCUUCUACUUCAUCAGCUUCUACAUGCUCUGUGCCUUCCUGAUCAUCAAUCUCUUCGUAGCUGUCAUCAUGGACAACUUUGACUACCUGACAAGGGACUGGUCCAUUCUUGGUCCCCACCAUCUGGAUGAAUUUAAAAGAAUCUGGGCAGAGUAUGACCCUGAAGCCAAGGGUCGUAUCAAGCACCUAGAUGUGGUGACCUUGCUCCGACGGAUUCAGCCCCCACUGGGUUUUGGGAAGCUGUGCCCUCACCGCGUGGCUUGCAAACGCCUGGUCUCCAUGAACAUGCCUCUGAACAGCGACGGGACUGUCAUGUUCAACGCCACCCUGUUUGCCCUGGUCAGGACAGCCCUGAGGAUCAAAACAGAAGGGAACCUAGAGCAAGCCAACGAGGAGCUGCGUGCCAUCAUCAAGAAGAUCUGGAAGCGCACCAGCAUGAAGCUGCUGGACCAGGUGGUGCCCCCCGCAGGUGAUGAUGAGGUCACCGUUGGCAAGUUUUAUGCGACUUUCCUGAUCCAAGAAUACUUCCGGAAAUUCAAGAAACGCAAAGAGCAGGGGCUUGUGGGCAAACCCUCCCAGAGGAACGCCCUCUCCCUGCAGGCUGGCCUGCGCACACUGCACGACCUUGGGCCCGAGAUCCGACGUGCCAUCUCUGGAGACCUGACGGCAGAGGAGGAGGUGGACAAGGCCAUGAAGGAGGCUGUGUCUGCUGCCUCCGAAGAUGACAUCUUCAGGAGGGCCGGGGGCCUGUUCGGCAACCACGUCAGCUACUACCAAAGCGACGGCCGGAGCGCCUUCCCCCAGACCUUCACCACCCAGCGCCCGCUGCACAUCAACAAGGCGGGUAACAGCCAAGGCGACACCGAGUCGCCGUCCCACGAGAAAUUGGUGGACUCCACCUUCACCCCCAGCAGCUACUCGUCCACUGGCUCCAACGCCAACAUCAACAAUGCCAACAACACUGCCCUGGGCCGCCUCCCCCGUCCCACCGGCCACCCCAGCACAGUCAGCACCGUGGAGGGCCAUGGGCCCCCCUUGUCUCCUGCUGUCCGGGUGCAGGAGGCAGCCUGGAAGCUCAGCUCCAAGAGGUGCCGCUCCCGGGAGAGCCAGAUAGCCAUGGUGUGUCAGGAGGAGGUCUCCCAGGACGAGACCUGUGAAGUGAAGAUAAGCCAAGACACCGAGUACUGCAGCGAGCCCAGCCUGAUCUCCACGGAGAUACUCUCCUAUCAGGAUGAAGAAAACCGACAACUGACACUCCCAGAGGAAGACAAGAGGGACAUCCGGCAAUCUCCAAAGAGGGGCUUCCUCCGCUCCGCCUCCCUAGGUCGAAGGGCCUCCUUCCACCUGGAAUGUCUGAAGCGACAGAAGAAUCCAGGGGGCGACAUCUCUCAGAAGACAGUGCUGCCUCUGCACCUGGUUCACCAUCAGGCACUGGCAGUGGCAGGGCUGAGUCCCCUCCUCCAGAGAAGCCAUUCCCCUACCACGUUCCCCAGGCCGUGCGCCACGCCCCCUGCCACGCCAGGCAGCAGAGGGUGGCCCCCACGGCCUAUCCCCACCCUGCGGCUAGAGGGGGCCGAGUCCAGCGAGAAACUCAACAGCAGCUUCCCAUCCAUCCACUGCAGCUCCUGGUUGGAGGAGAGCGCCAGCUGCGGUGGGGGCAGCAGCGCCAUCCGGAAAGCCCGGCCUGUGUCCCUCACUGUGCCCGGCCAGGCCGGGGCCCGGGGCAGGCAGUUCCACGGCAGUGCCAGCAGCUUGGUGGAAGCGGUCUUGAUUUCAGAAGGACUGGGGCACUUUGCUCAAGAUCCCAAGUUUAUCGAGGUCACAACCCAGGAGCUGGCCGACGCGUGCGCCAUGACCCUGGAGGAGAUGGAGAGCGCGGCUGACAACCUCCUCAGCGGGGGCGCCCAGCAGAGCCCCAACGGCACCCUGUUACCUUUUGUUAACUGCAGGGACCCGGGGCAGGACCGAGCAGGGGGCGGCGGCGAGGACGAGGCCUGUGUGCCGGCCCUGGAGUGUCGACAGGGCGGCGAGGAAGCCCAGGACAGCAGGGUGUACGUCAGCAGCCUGUAGUAGCCAGGGACGGGGAGACGCUGGGUUUGU